UGUUCAAGAAACGACAAGCCGUUUUAAGCUUUGGUACACUGAACUGAACUGCUGAAAAACGUCUCAUAAGGACAGGUUUAUCUGCUUCCCGGAGGCAUAUAUCUCCGACCAGAACUGAACUGAAAAACCUUUAUAAAAAACACACACACACACUAAACGAAGCCGAAAUGGCACUGCAUAUUGUGAAGCUUCCCUUUAUCUCGCGCUGCUGCGAUAGCAGUAACUCUACUCUGUUUUUCUUAUCGAAAUCCUACUCUCCUCUUCAUGGGAGAUUGCUCAAAUCUCAUUUACAUAGAAGCUUUGCUGUUUCCAAGUCAGAAAAACUUCAAAUACCAAAAAAGAAAAAAAGGUUGGAUGAGUUAUGUCUUGAAAGGUUUCAGCAGUACAGUCGAACAUUCAUACAGUCAUGGAUUUUGCAAGGCAAAGUUUGUGUAAAUGGAAAAGUGGUUAACAAAGCUGGAACACCUGUCUCUGACAAAGCUGUUUUAGAAAUCAUUGCUGAAAUUCCAAAAUACGUAUGUAGAGCAGGAUAUAAGUUAGAAGCUGCUAUAGAACAGCUCAGUGUUGAUGUAGCUGGCAAAAUAGCGCUUGAUUCUGGGUUGUCCACAGGAGGAUUCACCGAUUGCCUGCUUCAGUAUGGUGCAUCUUAUGUUUAUGGGGUUGAUGUAGGUUAUGGACAGGUAGCAGACAAGAUUCGUCGAGAUGAACGUGUUUGUGUGAUAGAACGGACAAAUUUAAGAUAUCUUUCCGGUCUCCCUAAAAAAGUUGAUCUGGUGACACUGGACCUUUCAUUUAUAUCUAUUCUCUUGGUCAUGCCUGCUGUAGUAAAUGCAAUGAAGGAGGAGGCAACUUUAGUUACCCUGGUUAAACCUCAGUUCGAAGCUCGUAGAUCACAAGUAGGAAGUGGUGGGAUAGUGAGAGAUCCCAAAGUUCAUCAGGAGGUUCUUGAAAAGAUCAUUAAGGGUGUAGAGAACUUUGGAUUUCAAAGCAAAGGUUGGAUUGAAUCUCCUCUAAAGGGUGCUGAAGGUAAUACUGAGUUUCUUGUUUGCUUCAGUCGGAUUUCCGAGAAAAGUUCUGAAUAGUUUUAUCAUAGGAGGAUACAUUGAUAUGUGAAUUUGCAAACACAUUCGUGAUAUUGUAAAGUCAUGUAAGAUUUUAUGUGGACAGUUUCAUUACCACAUGCAACAUUGUAUUCGAAAAGAAGAAACAAAUAUAUAAAAUUUUAGACAAUAACUUAGAACUA